UUCAAAAUGGCGGCUGCAUUUUGGAGGUUUUCUUUAGGAACCUUUCUUUUUUCUAUCUGUUUAGGCCUCUCUUCGAGUGCUUCUGAUGGAAAAGUAAUAGAACUAACAGAAGAUAACUGGAAACAGAUUCUGGAGGGUGAAUGGAUGAUUAAAUUCUUUGCUCCUUGGUGUCCUGCCUGUCAACAUGUUGCACCAACCUGGUCAGCAUUUGCUUUAAAAGGAAAGCAGCUUGGAAUUAAUGUUGCCGAAGUAGAUGUAACAACCCAAUCUGCCCUGAGUGGAAGAUUUAUGGUAUCUUCUUUGCCAACAAUUUAUCAUGUAAAAGAUGGACGAUUUAGUGUUUAUGAUGGUUCAAGGUUUCUUGAUGAAUUUGUCAACUUUGUGAAGGAGCAAAAGUGGCGUGACAAUGAGCCUGUUCCAUCUUGGAAAUCUCCAGGCUCCUUUGUGAUGGGUGCUCUUGGAAUUCUUUUCAAGCUUUCUUUAUUCUUGAAGGACAUUCAUGAACAAUUAACAACUACAUAUGGCCUUCCAAUGUGGGCUUCUCUUGCAAUCUUUGGUGUUGCAACAAUUUCUGCAGGUCUCAUUCUUGGAUUGGUGAUAGUUUAUGUGUCAGACUUCAUAUUUGGUAGACCAGGACCUCCUGUGAUACCAAACAUACCAGAAGCAAAACCUGCUUCCAAAAAGGAUGAAGAUGAUAUAGACAAGGAAUUGAAACCAGAAGAAUGUAAGGAGAACAAGGAAGCAGCAGACCAGCCAGUCAGGAAAAGGAAACCACAAGCUACAACAGAUUAAUAAAAUACCAACCCUUCUUCUUGCAUGCAUUCUAUUUAGCUGACACCCGUUUUCUACUUUACCAGCAAAUAGAGUUUAGCAUUAAUCAGUUUUUCAUUCCUUGAUGAUCUGUAAGUGUAACGAAUAACAACCUCUUAUUACAGCAUUAAGACAUCUAAAUGUGUCAGAGAUGAGCUCCUAACCUUUAUGAUUCAGAUGCUGUUCAGAUCUUGUUGCAAAGGUUGUACUCAAUGUGUUGUUAUCCUUUAGUCCCAAUGGGUGUAACAAAUAGCAGCCUCUUAUUACAGCAUUAGGACAUCUAAAUGUGUCAGAGAUGAGCUCCUAACCUUUAUGAUUCAGAUGCGGUUCAGAUCUUGUUGCAAAGAUUGUACACAAUAGGUCGUUAUCCUUUAGUCCCAAUGGGUGUAACAAAUGGGUCUCAAUGGGUAUAAUCUUGUCACAUUUCAGACCAUGCAUCACUCACUUUUAACGAUUUAAUACAUCACUUCCAGACUAUGAGCUCAUCUGUUUCAAAGUCAAUGUAUAGUUUCCCCAUUUUCAGCAGGAUUGCAUGAACUUUUAAUAUAUGCUACAUAUUUCUUUCCUUUUAGUAUUAUUUCUUUUGUAAUUUAUUAUUAUCACCUUAUUACAGCAUUAUUGUCAUUUGUAUUUGAAAAAGCCUUGGGCUAUACAGCCUGCAAAGGCCCUGACAAAAAGAUACUUCAGUACAACGGUAGUAAUAGAAACAGUAUGCCACACAUUAAUGCUGCAGUCCACCCAUGCGCUUCAAAGACCAAUUUUGAUUUGUACUGCUGGGUUUCACCUGACAACUUUUCCUGUCUCGUGAAGAAUAUUCAUUAUCAGAAACACAAUUUUUCAGUAAGAUUAUUUCUGGUUGAUAGCAAAUAGUCAGUGUUUGGCAAACCAUGCUGAUUGUAGCCUGCGUAGUGGCUUUUGGGAGGAGGAAGUGGGAAUGAAACAAAUGCAAGCUAUAUGCUGAUUGAAACCCAGCAAUUGUCAAUUGGCAUUUUUUAAUGGCAAAACUAAAAUGAGUGAGCACUCCUGAAUAGCGAAUAUUUUCAAAACGAAUCUGUGUCAAUAAUAUAUUCAAUCAUUGGUUACACUAUUAGGAGUGAAGUAAAAUUAGUACUUAGUUUUUGUAGCAAAUAAACUAGAGUGAAAAUAAA